AUGGUAGAAGAAGAUAAGGUGAAUCCGUUCAGAGAUGAAUAUCAAGCACCAGCCUCUGACGACAAGACUUUAAGUUGCUCUGUCAAAGUCUUAGCAAUUUUGUCAACUGCUUUUGGCUUUGUUGGGGCUUUAGUUGUUUUCUUGUUAGAGAAAAAGAACAAAUACAUCAAAUUGGUUUCAUGCCAUUCCCUUGUAUGGCAUGUCGUGUUAGACUUCUUACUCAUCCUCUUUGCACUUCUUAUGUUCUGCAAUCACUGGUUCACUUACACUUUGUUCGCUCUUUACUUUGUAGCUUGGAUCGUGUUCUCAAUCUUCUUGAUCGUUAUGGCUUUCUUCAGAGCUGAGUCUGGUGAAGCCUUUAUGGUACCUGGUGUAUCAAUUUUAGUCGAGAAACUCGUUUACUUGAUCUAA